AUUAGUAAAAAAAAAAAAAUAAAUAAAAAAAAAGUAAACAAAUAACAAAACCAAUGGAUUUGAAAAUGUAUGUUACAUCUUGGAAGUGUGAUGUCCGUUAACUACAAAUAUGGAUUACAAGAAAGAUGCGAUCUACACGUAUUGGGUGCAGUACACGACAAAGAAUGAAGAAGCUUCUUUUAGACAAUUUAUAUGUGGCUUUGUUGCAAUAUGGGAACCAAAAUUAAACUUAAAAUGGGUUAACACAGACAUUUGUUUACCAACAACUAUCGAUCCUGAAGCGGGUCCUUCAUUAUCAAGACUACCUGAUGAGUUAUUACCUGCAAUUGCUAAGUUCUUAUACAUAGCUAAAGAUGAUUCAGAAAAAAAUGGAUUGUCUCACCAAAACAUUGUUGAAACUGAAUAUUUAAUUCGGUGUUUAAUUGUGAUUAGUAGAAAUUUUUAUAACAUUCCAUUGCUAACAUCCUGUGAUUAUAUUAAAGAAAGCACUUCUGUGGCACUACAUUUCAUACAUAAACUUACAUCUACUGACCAUCAAUAUGACGAAGAUACUAAGUCUUCAUUAUUAUCUUUUUGUUAUUCACUCUGUCAUUUUUUGGAAUGUCUAUAUGACCCUUAUCAAAUAUGGCGAUGUUUCGACUCUUCUCAAAUGAAAGAUUUAGACAUGUCUAAACUUCAAUAUUCACCUUCUAUGCUCCAUGUAGAAGUUGUACCUUUUAUUUUUGAUUGUUUUGAAACAAAUUUAGCAGUUAAUUAUCCUUUACUAGCUUCUGAACUAUUAAAUGUAUUUGGAGCGAUUGUUUGUGGGUCACAGCAUAAUGCACUUCGUGGAGUUAGUCCUCCAACUUGUACUCUAAUUAUGAAAGUAAUAUCUGAUAAAAAUAUACCCUUGGUGGUAAAAAAAACAGCUUUACGAUGCUUUGUAACAGUUACUCAAGUUAUGAUUCGAUUUCCUCCCCAUCAAUGUCAGUUGGAUGUAUGCACUCAAAUGGAAUGUUUAAGAGAUACACUAAAAGAAUGCACAUCAUUUAAAAUAAAUGUUCCAUUGGUGUUGAGUGUAAUUAAAGCUAUUGGACAAUCAAUAGAAUUAUCAGGAACUAAUGCUGAAAAAAUAAGAGAAUAUGUUGUUAAAUGUAAAUUCUUGGAAAUUAUUUUAAACAUACUUAAUAAAUUAGAGGAUGAUAUAGAAAUAGAUGAUGUAGUAAAAUGUGUUGAAACCGUUUCUUUGAUUCUCCGUAUGUCAAAUGAAGCAAAAACUCAGAUGUUAAGUAUAAAUGGCUAUGAAAAAAUUUUUGAAUUUGUAGGAAAACAAAAAAAUAAAAGUCAACCAUUAUUAAAAGCCAUAAUUUCUAUUGCUACAGAAAAUACAGAUAAAACAUUAGAUCAAAAUUUAGAGAAUGCUCAAAUGAUUGUGCCUCUGAUCGAAUGGUUGUCUAGUCUUGAUGAAAUAGACCAGGUUUGGUUAGCAAGUGUGAUAUUUAAUUUGUGCACAACAAAUUUACAAAGUAAAUGCCAAUCUUCAGCAUAUAAAGUUAUAGAUUCUGUAUGUAAAUGUUUGGAAAACAGUAACCAAUUAUUCCAAAAAACUGUCCAUCAGCUAUUGAAACUUAUUGAAAAUUUAGCUUCUCAUUCAAUUUCAACAUCUGAACUUAAAAAAAUAUUUCUACUCUUAAGAGAUAAAGAUGAACCUUUUCCAUACAUUACUCAAGUACUUGGGACAUUAUCAGAAGUUGCCUAUAGUUCAUAUGAUUUUAGUUGUAAAGUAUUUUUUGAUAUUCAAAAAGAUGAAGAAGGUCUUAUAAUUGAUGAAUUAAAAAAAUGGCCAGGACCCAUGAAUGGAUUAACUUUUCACUGUUGGUUGCGUUUGGAUAUUGUUAGUUUUCAUAAUUGUUCAAACACAUUUGGUUUAGCUUCUUACAGACGACAGUUAUUACAUUUGCUAACCAAUUCAAACACAGGAUUAGAAAUUUUUAUUGGAUCAGAUUGGACACUAGUUGUUGGAAUGCACACAAAAAAAGAAUUCUUUACUGUUACUGCUCGAGAUUUUAGAUUUGUAGAAAAUCGUUGGUAUUGCAUUGAUGUUUGCUAUAAUCCACCAAAAAGGCCUUUUGGACAUAACCAAGUAUCAAUUUAUAUUGAUGGUGUGCAAAACAUUAGUGCACCAGCAAAGUUUACGCCAUUAAAUGAUCAAUUUCAAAAAUGUUCUAUUGGGACUUUUCUGGCUCAUGUACCAAAAUCAAUUGAUAUUCAGCCUCAAAUGGAUCGAGGAAUCCUACCAUCUUUUAUAACUCAAGUCCCAAAUUACUUACUUAUGAGAGGAUCGGGUGCUUUAGAUCCAUAUGUCAAAGACUUUCCGCCUGGUAUGCAAGAUUCAUUGUAUGGUCGCUCUAUGUGCCUAAAAGGUCAAUUAGGUUCAAUUUGUUUGUUUCCUGAAUACUUUUCAUCUCAACAAAUAAAGUCUAUUUAUGAUUUGGGUCCAAAUUAUUCUUCACUUAGUACAAUGGAUGAUUCAACAUGUGAUAUAUUAGGAUUAUUUAAUAGAUCAGUAAUUUAUUUUAGUCCUACAGCAGCUUCUAGUCGUGUUACAGCUCUAGAUUUAAGUCAAAAAAAUAAAACCAAUGCUCGUCUUACAGCCGCUGUUUACAAAUGUUCACCUAUACAAGAUGUAAUUAAUAUGAUUGGAGGUCUAUAUGUUUUGUUUCCAAUCUUAGAAAGUCAAGUUUUGAAUGAAAAUGAACAUUUAGGUUUAUUAUCAUUGGACCAGACAAACACAGAAUUGUCUGUAGAUUUAGAAGAUGUCUCAUCUCUAAGAUCAUAUUCUCUAGAUGAAAGACUUGAAUUACAUCCAAUUGGCUUAUUAUUGAUUUUAAUAAAAAAUCUUAUGAAAGGAAAUGUAGUUGGUCAAGAACAACUUUUAAGAAAAAAUGGCAUACCGAUUUUAGGAGAAUUACUGACCAAAGUUCCUUCUGAUAAGAUGGAUUUGCAGAUGUUAGAAGCAUUACAGUUAUUCAUGGAAUCUCUACAAGACAUUUCUAACAUUCAAUUAUUGAGGGCAUUUUAUCAGCACAUACUCUUUAAUUUUUCUAUUUGGUGUAGAUGUUCUUUCAAUGUGCAAAUCGGUGUAGUUAAGAUAUUAUAUGUAUUAAUAAAAAAUGAUCGUAAAUCAUUUCGAAAACGAUUUGGUGUUCAAUACUUUUUGGAUACAAUAAGAACAUAUUACACCACAUGUGAUGUAUUAUCAGUCAAUCAUACUACAGUACUUAGAGCAUCAUUGUUGGAUGUCAUCCGAUUUUAUAUUUUAAAAGAAGUUACAUUACCUGACGUUGAUACUAUUAUACGGUAUCUCAUAACAUGUAGAUCUGAAACUAUGAUAAUUGAAUUAUUAGACUUGUUGAUAAAACAUUUAGAAACUGAAUCAUGUAAAGAUCAAUUAUUCUUAUUGAUGUAUGAACCUCAAACUGCUGAUAUUCUAUACUGCAUUUUAAUUGAAAAAUCCAUUAGUAUGUUAGCAAAACAAAAAGUCUUAAAGAUCUUGUCAGUAUUACUUAGAACUAAGUAUGUAUAUGAACGACAGAAGAGUAAUUUACGUUUACAAAACUCUAACUAUGGAUUAUAUCCAGGAUUUAUAUCACUACUUCCAGAUUUUCAGAAUUUAUCCAUGGAAGUAACAUUAAUGAUGUUUGAUCAAGUUUUACUAUCAGAAUCGGUAUGUACAUACCCAGCAAUUUUGUCUAUUCUUCAUCGAUUAGCCUAUGAAGAUAUUGAGAUCAAAUUAGAAGUUGCUCGAAAAUUAUUAGCAAUGAUUUACAUGAACCCAAAUGCAGCUAAAACAUUCGCUAAACAACCUGGUUGGCAAGACUGUGUAACACGCCUGUUAGUACACCGAUUAGCUGAAGGAAAAACAUCCCAUAACAAAGAUUUAAUGAGUUUUGAUGACCAAGAUGUUCAAAAAAAUAAUAAAAAAAUAUUAAGAUGGAGAUCUUACCCUAACAUUUUAAAAGCUAAGCAUUCAUCUUUGAAAAGAUGGAAUUCUAUGUUUGAGUUUGAAGCAAACUUUUCUGAUAAUAUCAUUAACCAAAACUCAAUAUCGACACUAAAAAAUUUUACUGACGCUGCUAAUUUUAUAGAAAAUGAAAUAAAAGGUGUAGCAGGAUCCGUAUCAGCAGUUGUUGUUGAUAAUCUUCAAUAUGCUUCAGAAAACUUAAGUUCAGCAGUGAAUACAGUUGGUUUAGUUGUUAGUGACAAUAUUCAAAUGGCAUCUGAUAAUUUAGUACUGGCAAUGAAUAGUGUUAGUGGAAAUAUUCACUCAGCCACUAGUAAUUUAUCAUUGGCUGUUACAUCUGCAUAUUCAAUAUUUAAACAAAAAACUACUGAAAUACAAGAAAUUGGAGAAAGUGCCAAAGAACGAAUAAAAAAAUAUGCUAUGUACUCACCUCAAUCUGGAAGAAAUAUCAUUGAUGAAGACAAAGCGCAAUUAAUGACAAAACAAUUGUUGGUUGAGUUAGGUCUUGAUGUAGAUACUUACAGUAUUAGUAAUAGAUCCAUAUCUAGUAGUCUUGAAGAUAUAUCAUCAAUUAAAUGUUCAGUUGCUCCUGAUAAUCGCUCUAUAAGCUCAGGAAUUGCUAUGUCUGAUAAUACAUCAUUAGCUUGUGAAGACGCCGAAAGCAGUGAUCAUAAUGGCUUUGACAAUAUCAAUCCAUGGCAAGAAUAUGCUAAUACUAAAACUGAAAAUAAAGAAAAAGAUUUAUGUUCGUUGGUAGAAAAUAUAUUAUUUGUUGUUAUGUGGCGAGGAGUCAAUAUUCACAAUAAAAAUUGUUGGAAGGAACGCGGUCAAGUUAUGGCAUGCAUAAAUAUGUUAAGUUUAAACAAUAUGUUAUAUUGUUCUCAUUUAGAACUUAAGCUACAUAUUUUAGAAAAGGCUGUUGAAGCAGUAUUAAGCGAUCUUCAUGAUUGUGGUUCAACUGUUGAAUGUGAUCAUGCUAAAAUGGAAAAUAUUGGUCAGCUUAUAGGAUUGGUAUAUGAUUUAGUUGUGUUGGAUCCAAGUCCAAAUUUUGAUAAAAAAUGUUCAGUAAAAUUGCUUGAUGGAUGUAUUAAAUUAAUUGAACAGUUAUCUAUUUUUGGAGAUAAUCAAGAACUUAAUAAUAAAGAUAUUGCCAUGAAAACCUAUGGGCUUUUGUUGAGCUGCUCUUCAAGUCCUAAUAUGGAAAUUUGUGCUAUGGCAACAGUCAAGUUACACACAAUACUACAAACAAGUAAUACAACUGUAAUAGAAGUUGAAUGUUACUUAUUACGUUCAGCGAAUGGCAUUUUACAAAAAGCUCUUAAAGAUGAGAACAUGGAGCGUUAUUCUUUUAUUUUACCAUUAAUUAAAACACUUAUUACUAAAUUAUCUGAACCACUUAAUAUCUCUAAUUCUGAACUUCCAAAUUUGACAGAAGUUUUGUACAGUGGUAAUUUUUAUGACAGAUUUUUACCAUAUUGCUCCACUGAAGAAUGGACUGUGUUUAUCGAAACUAAGGUAUCAGACCUUUGCAAGGAUUACCGAAGAUCAAUGAAUGCAGAGAUUACUGAGUCGAUGAACACAUUUUGGGCUGAAUGCUAUGAAUUAUACAAAAACGCCUUAGAUACCAGGAAUAUGCUUGUCGCCGAAAGUCGAAAAUCAUUUCAGACGGUGAUACUAGAGCCUUAUAAGAAUAAAAAACAGGAAGAAGAAUCAAGAAUAUAUUUAAUGGAAAAUCAGAAAAAAGCUCAAAGAUUAUUAGUGCGUGCAAAAUGGAGACAGAUAAAAGGAUAUCUGUGCGGAGAAAGAGGACCCUGGAAAUCAAGAUCUACCACAGAACGUCACUGGAUCUUAUCACAACACGAAAAUUAUUCAAGAAUGCGGCUCAAACUUUGUCCUAACUAUCAUUUUGAUAACCAUCAAAAUGCUAGUAAUUUACGAGACAAUGCUGGUGGUGGUAUAAAAUGUAUGAUGGAUUGUCCGGAAAUUCCUCCAUGCAUGCCACAAGUAGCAGUCAGAAGUCUAGUAGAAGAAGACGGUGAAAUGUUACCAGAUGAAGAUAUUGCUUCGUAUAAAAUGAAUUAUCCAGAAGAAGACAAUGAACGAAAAGAGAAGCUAGUUUUGUCGGUCGACUGUCAAUUAGUAACUUUAAUGAGUGUGAUUAAAGGACGUUUAGUUAUAUCAACAACACACGCGUAUUUUCACGAUUUAACGCCGAUCACAGAGGAUUGUGAUAGACAUGAUUUUAAGUGGUCCUUGACAAAAUUAAGAGACGUAUAUUUGCGACGGUAUAACUUACGUAGAAGCGCCUUAGAAUUUUUCUUGAUGGAUCAAUCAAAUUAUUUUCUAAACUUUACAACAAAAAUUCGUUUGAAAGUUUUGACUGCAAUCUACAGCGUACAUCCUCCUAAUUUUUCAUUUAACAGUAGUCGACAUCCAAAAGACCUUUUAAGAAAAUCUGGCUGUACUCAAAAAUGGGUGAAUAGAGAAAUAUCGAAUUUUGAUUAUUUAAUGCAACUUAACACCAUAGCAGGCCGCACCUACAACGAUCUGUCACAAUAUCCAGUAUUUCCGUGGGUGCUCGCCGAUUAUAAAUCCAAAGAAUUAGAUUUAAAUGAUCCAAAAACGUUUAGAGACCUAUCUAGGCCCGUGGGAGUAGUGAACCCGAACAACGAAGCUGAUGUACAAGCCAAGUACAAAAACUUCGAGGACCCAAAUGGAGUUAUUGGAAAAUUUCAUUAUGGCACACACUAUUCGAAUUCAGCGGGUGUACUUCACUAUUUGGUUAGGGUGGAACCAUUUACUUCCCUACACAUCGAACUUCAAAGCGGAAGAUUUGAUGUAGCUGAUCGUCAGUUUCAUUCAAUUGCGCAAACUUGGAAGCUAUUAAUGGAUACGCCAAAUGAUGUCAAAGAGCUGAUACCGGAAUUUUUCUAUUUCCCAGAAUUCUUAAAAAAUAUGAAUAAAUUUGAUUUGGGUCGCUUACAAUCGUCUAAAGAAAGAAUAGGAGAUGUUAUACUCCCUCCUUGGGCAGAUAGUCCCGAAGAUUUCAUUUACAAACACCGAAAGGCUUUAGAAUCCGAAUAUGUAUCGAGUCAUCUCCACGAGUGGAUCGAUUUAAUAUUCGGAUAUAAACAAAAAGGACAAGCUGCCGUGGAUGCUAUGAACGUUUUUUAUUAUUGCAGUUACGAAGGAGCUGUUGAUUUAGAUGCAAUUGUAGAUCCUAUCGAAAGAGAAGCCGUUGAAGGUAUGAUUAAUAAUUUUGGUCAAACUCCAAGUCAACUGUUGAAAGAACCUCAUCCGCAGAGACUGUCGGUUGAUAAAGCCAUAGAAAAAAUGUUGAAAUCCGAUCACAAAAAACCAGAUCUUACAAUGAUGUUAUCGGAACUGUCUACUUUUUACGUUGAGAUAACAGACGAUAGACAUCCAAUGGUAUUUUUGAGUCCUCCCCGAUCGGGAUCUAAAGGGUUACUACAGACAUUUAUGACUGACGAUACAUUGGUAACAGUGUGUGACAAUUCUUUGAUUGGCCGUCACUCGUGGUUGCCUUAUGACAGACAUUCCAACAAAGGAUUUACGCUCGAAGUAGACCAAUCGCAUAUUUUGCUCAAGACCAAAAAAGAUCCGAACAUGUAUCCCAUGAGAUCUUCAUCGUAUCACCCGUCUAUAGAAAUGAAUAGUCACCUGUUCGCAGUGUCGAAUGACGCCAAAUAUUUGUUCACAGCUGGCCACUGGGACUAUAGCGUGAAAACGUUUAGUUUCUCAAAAAACAAAUACGUAUCAUCCGUCAUAAGACACUUUGAUGUCGUUACUUGCGUUGCUUUGGACUCCUGUGGAUGGUACAUGAUAAGUGGUUCUAGAGAUUGUACUUCGGUUGUUUGGGACGUUUCAAAUUCUAACAACACGAAUCCUAAACCAUUCCAAACGCUACUCGGCCACGAUUUACCCGUCACCUGUGUAGCAAUCGCUACGGAAUUGGAUAUGGCUGUUUCCGGUUCGCAAGAUGGCACAGUAAAUGUAUAUAGCAUACACCAGGGACUUUUGGUGCAUUGUGUGACUCCACUUGGUUGCGUCUCUCCUCCGUCCAUUAUAUCAUUCGUCGCCAUUUCGUUUCAAGGACAUAUCGCUUUUUCCGCUAAAGAUAAGAAAUCUCAUUCCGUCCAUGUAUUCAGCUGUAAUGGUGAUAAUUUAGGUUCUAAGUAUGUUGCAGCUCAAGUAACCGGUAUUACAACUAUAGGUGAUUGUUUAGUUGUGGUUGACGAUGCAGGAGAUUUGACGCUAAGUAGAUUAUUAGGUUUACAUCCAGUGUACGAUGUUCCUUUGCAUGUUCCGAUACAAACGGUAGUCGCGACGCCAGGCAAUACACACUUGUUAGCGCCACUAAGAGACGGAAAAAUUGUUGUUGUUGGAUUGCCGAAUUCAAACAAUAACUAAAAUGACCAUGGAUCUUCUUCUAAAAUUAUCAAUUUUAUUGUAAUGAUAAUUAUUACAUUCAAAUUUACACUGACAAUUAUUAUUAUCAUUACACUC